AAAAAAAAAAAAAAAAAAAAAGAAAGAAAAUUGAGAACCAGAGAAUCAAUGAAACUUUGCUGAAAAGCCAAAACCUUAAAUUAACCUUCUUCUUUACCUGAUUUUAACUGGAAAUCCUUACUGCCCCAUCCCUCAAACUUUUUCGGCCAAUUACUAACUUUUUUUUUUUUUUUUUGUUAUGGAGGGAUCGGAAAGUGAUGGAGGUGCGACGCCAAUAGCGAAAUGGAACAGUGAAUUUUCGAGGAUAUUUCAAUAUUUUCUCGAUAGGUCAACGCCGCAUACGAAACAAAGAUGGCUAGGAACAUUGGUGGUGGGGAUGAUGUACGCUUUACGGGUUUACUACGUUCAAGGGUUUUAUGUAAUUUCAUACGGUUUGGGGAUUUACAUAUUGAAUCUAUUGAUUGGAUUUUUAUCUCCCAAAGUUGACCCUGAGCUUGAAGCUUUGGAUGUGGCUUCAUUGCCAACUAAAGGUUCUGAUGAAUUCAAGCCUUUUAUUCGUCGCUUACCUGAAUUCAAGUUCUGGUAUGCUAUCACAAAGGCUUUUCUUGUGGCAUUUGUAUUGACUUUCUUCUCCAUGUUGGAUGUACCUGUUUUCUGGCCAAUAUUGUUGUGCUACUGGAUUUUUCUAUUUUUCCUCACAAUGAAACGGCAAAUUCUUCUCAUGAUCAAAUACAAAUAUAUCCCCUUCGAUAUUGGAAAACAGAGGUAUGCUGAUAAGAAGUCUGCAAGUAGUAGUGGUACACGAAGAGACUGAAAAGUGAUUGUGAAAAGUGAAAUUUGGAUGAUAAGCUUGUUUUCCUGCUUUUAAUUAUUCUGGAAUCAACAUAGAACAAGCAGAUAUUAAAGAUUAGAAGCUUUUUGGAUAGACUGUUAAGUUUUAUUCUGGGGUUCUCAUGUAUGUAGUUGAACACUGUUACCUAUCCUGACUGAUGAUAUUUUCUUGUUAUAUGGUAACACUAGGCAAAAUGUAUAGCCAACAUGAAGGUUUUACUAUGGGUUCUCAUGUAUUUAGUUAACUACUUUUAUCUGCACUGGGGAUGCUAUUUUCUUAUUGUGUGGUCAUACUGGGUGAAAAAUAUAGCCCAAAUACAUAUAUCUUGGGACAUUUUUU